CUCCUCCAGCUCCUCCGCGCCGCUCCCGCCCUCGCGCUCGCUCCCUCCGCCUCACAGCUGAGAUCCGCCCCCGGCUGCAGCGUGUGUAGUACGCCAGCAACAGAUGCCGGGCUCCUAGGUUUGCAUGCUUAGGCCACGCUGAAAGCCUGAAGAGAGAAGGAACCGGAGAAGGGCCAGGAAGGCGGGGACGAAAGGUGUGGAGGUCCCCCCUAAAAGGCAGUAGCCCCCGCCCUCACCAGAGAGAUCCGCGCGGGCAGAUCUCUGCCUGCUGCCGCCGCCGGCGCCCCCGUCUCACAGCCAUGCCAGGCCGGGCCUCCGACCCGGGGAGGGUCCCCCUCUGCAACGCUGCGGAGGAAAGCGGUGCCGGGGUUCAGGGCUCGGCGGCCGGCGGCUGCAGCCAGGAGAGGCCGGGCGCAGGCGAGCAGCGGCAGAACAUCGUGUGGAGGAACGUCGUCCUGAUGAGCCUGCUCCACUUGGCCGCUGUGUACUCCCUGGUGCUCAUCCCCAAAGCCAAGCCGCUUACACUGCUCUGGGCCUACUUCUGCUUCCUCCUGACUGCUCUGGGUGUGACAGCUGGUGCCCAUCGCUUGUGGAGCCACAGGUCCUAUAAGGCCAAGCUGCCUCUGAGGAUAUUUCUGGCUGUCGCCAACUCCAUGGCUUUUCAGAAUGACAUCUUCGAGUGGUCCAGGGACCACCGAGUCCACCACAAGUACUCAGAGACUGAUGCUGAUCCCCAUAACGCCCGCCGGGGCUUCUUCUUCUCCCACAUUGGGUGGCUGUUUGUUCGGAAGCAUCAGGAUGUCAUCGAGAAGGGGAGAAAGCUAGACAUCACUGACCUCCUGGCUGAUCCUGUGGUCCGAUUCCAGAGAAAGUACUAUAAGAUCUCCGUGGUGCUCAUGUGCUUUGUGGUCCCCACACUGGUGCCCUGGUGCAUCUGGGGAGAGAGUCUGUGGAAUUCCUACUUCUUGGCCUCCAUUCUUCGCUAUACCAUCUCACUCAACAUCACCUGGCUGGUCAACAGUGCUGCCCACAUGUAUGGAAACCGGCCCUAUGAUAAGCACAUCAGCCCUCGGCAGAACCCACUGGUCACUCUGGGUGCUGUUGGUGAAGGCUUCCACAAUUACCACCACACCUUUCCCUUUGACUACUCUGCAAGCGAAUUUGGCUUAAAUUUCAACCCCACCACCUGGUUCAUUGACAUCAUGUGCUGGCUGGGGCUGGCCACUGACCGCAAACAGGCGACCAAGCCAAUGAUCGAGGCCCGGAAAGCCAGGACUGGCGAUGGCAGCGCUUGAACCUGGAACCACCGUCCCACAUGUCUGCCCUUGACACCUUGGUCCCUGCCUUCUGUUACUAUAGUUCUCUUUCUCAUUGGAUUGUGGGAGGGGAUAGAGGGUGGGAGGGAAUGGAAUUUAUGUGGUUCAGAAAUAUUUUGUUUGUCUCAAAGUCAAGAUAUAACUACCAAUGAAAACAAAAGUUUUUUAAGUCAAUGUAAUGAUGAUUUAACCUUAGAGUGUGGACAUGUGAUUUAAUUGCUGUGGCUACAACAUGUCAAACAUACAUUGUCAUGUGCUUGUUCCCAGUGUUAACCCUGACAAGAUGAAGGAAUUUAAUAUUCUUUCAGUGUGAUUCAGGAGAGCAUUUUCUUUUCUACCAUUUAACCCAGCAUUAUUUUAAAACACACUACCUGAAGGGCAGAGGGACAGGGUAGCAGACAAAAGAGGGGGUCUAAGUAGUAACUAAAGAUGUUUCUGUUUUGUAAUUAUUAUAUUUUUGUUAUUUUUUAAGUUAGAGAAUUGAACAUUUUAAAAAAUGAAAAUACAGGAAAUGGCUCUCUCUCUCUCUUUUUUUGCCCCAUUUACAGCUUGUUAAUGCUCCACCAUUUUUGCAUCAAAAGAGAUCUGUUCACUGCCCAGCUAGUUCUGUGUCCCAAGCCAUACGCCUGGCUGACCCCAUAAACCAGUCCCUGUUUAGGUGUUCAAUUUUGUCCUCUUUGUUAUUGUCAUUUUAAAGGUGUAUAACUCAGAUGUGCCAGACAUCAAAUUAAGCUCUCAUUUCAAUGUUUAGAUACCUAAUUUAUACUCUAAUUGAUCCUAGCCACUGAUGCAUGUACUUUAGCUGCUUCUGCUAAACAAGCAUAUUAAUUUUCCACACCAGACCAUCAGAUAGUAAUAGCUGAGAGUUAUCUAGAACUUAGUGUCUACUAAUGUUUCACCUGCAUGCAGCCAUCACUGAUUUUGCAGCAAAAUAUAAAGCGAUCAUUAUGUAGCUUCAGGAUUAAAAAAUUUUUGUAUGUUAUGUUGCCUUGUAAAGAGCAUGUUGAAUUGACUGGACUGUGUGCCCUUUGUGUUAGGUGUUAGAGCCAAAGAAAGACUUAUAGAGUUGGCGGUGGAGCCCUUUGAAGAUAGAUCUUUUUAGGAAAGAUGUAGGAUUUAAAAUUGAAAUUUUAAAUUUUUGAAAAAGAAGUGAUGCCAAUAGGAAAUUGUCAUAAUGAAGUUCUUCAUCCAGCAGGUGUUUAACAGUGUUAUUUUGCCAUUAAUAAUGUAUAAACUAUAGGUGAUUUGCAAUAAAUGAUUAUGAAUUU